AAAUAAAUCUUUUAGCGACUUUAUUAAACAAACAUAGUUGCAGAUAUUUAUUUUUAAAAGGCACUAUUAUAUGUACAAACAAAUGCAGGUAAAUACAUAGGUCUACAUUUAUAGAAACGAAUAAAUCAAUUUAUGACAUUUUAAACAUGAAAAAAAACAUCAACAAUCUUGUCCACAGUGUCUCUGAAAAGAAAUUUUUUUUUGUUUUUACAGGUUUUUACCGGUUUUACAGACAGAAUUAUAGGCAGUUUAAAGUUCAACAUGAAACUCGGAUUUAUUUACUAAAAUUGAAGAAGUGAAAGUGAUCUUUACGGUCAGUAUAAUUAUUCUGCAGUUGUUCACGUCCGACUUGUGCUAAGUGCAAAUGUACGUUGACGUUUGUGAUCUCAUUCUUCAUUAGCCAUGCGAUGCAUGUAGCUAUUCAUUAACUUCUUAAUUUGAUUCAUGUUACUUAAUCUGUUACUUUGGGUUUUUUUUUUUUUUACUUAAAUAAUGAUGCAUACUUCUCCAAGCAAGGUCACAUGACUGCUGGGCAGAGAGCAGCAGGAGAACAGAGCUGUGCAUGAAAGCACUCACUCCUCCCUAUAUAGUCCACUAUAUAGUGAAUUUGCUAUUUUGUAGUGCUGUCAAAUUGUAUAGUUAGAAUUAUUGUACCCUAUAUAGUGGACUCAUAGUAGCCUAUCCCAUAUUGCAUCAUAAAAAGUAGUGUACAGCCAGAAACAGUAAAUAUUUAACAGUAGCUGAAAACCCAGCGCUUCUGUUCAGCCACCUCCUCGUUAAAAAGGUCACAUGCCAGUUAAUUGCAAAAAGUGCCUACUUUUUCAAAGGUCAUAACAUAAACCAUAAACCUAAAAUAUCCCGCUAUUCAUGGGAAAGAGCAAGGAAUGUCAGCUUUGGUUUUGUAUACAAUAACUACUUAACUAUUCUUCCUCAGGCAGAGAUUCAGGAGGUUUAUCCAUGAUGAUGUUGUCACGACUCCCCAACACUGGUUAUUAUCAACAUGUGUAUUAUAGUUUAUUUUGAGUCAUACACAGAUACUCUGUCCCCCUCAGAUGGAUUAUAGAACAGGCCCCCAGAGCAGAGCCUCUGUAUGAAUAUGACAAUAAACAUUUCUUAUUAGAAAGUCAAUCAAGCAACAACCAAGAAGAUCAUCUUGACUACAAAGAGACACAAAAUGAAGCAACAAUAAAUUAUGUUUUGUGUCUCUUUGCAAUGCCGUUUAUACACAGUCUAGGGUUAGGUUGGUGCGUUCAAGUGGAAUCUUUCAUACAUGGAGUGAGAGCCAAGAGGAAAAUCGUCACGUGUACAUUUCUAGUAAAACACAAUUUCCCAGGUUGCUUUGCGAUAAGAACAACAAAGAUGGCGAUUCAGCUUGGUGUUCGUAGACGUGAUAUGAAUUGUGAGACGUACAACAGAUGAGCUAAAGGAGCGACAACCGACACAGCACUGCAGAAAAUUUACCACUGCGGUGUAACUACAUCACAGUGAAUCUAGACUGACGGAUAAAAUGCCUUCUCCCAAAGCUAAAAACCCCGGUCGCAGCGGAGGAAGUCCGGUGCUCGGCAGCUCUAACGGCCGUUACGAGUUCAUGUCACUGACGAAGCCGCUGAACCGGUCCUCACCGCCGAGCCUCCUCCAGCGGCAGGGCUCCGACCCGACCACCGCCCGGCUCCGAGCCUCGGAGAGCCCCACUCGGCGCCGGGGCUCCAGCUCCUCCACGGGCUCGGGAAGCGGUCAGGGGCUGCCAGAAGAGGACGGUAUACGGCUCAACCCGUCCUUCAUCCGCGUAGCACUCAGCUCCCUGCUCGCCAUCGACCUGUGGCUGUCCAAGCGGCUGGGGGUGUGUGCCUGCGAGGACUCGUCCUGGGGAAGUGUGCGCCCGUUAAUGAAACUGAUAGAGAUAUCGGGACAUGGCAUCCCCUGGCUGGCUGGCACCGCCUACUGUAUGUACAAGAGUGACAGUGCUGCAGGACAAGAAGUCAUGCUCAACCUCUUAAUGGGCCUGCUGUUGGAUCUGGUCCUGGUUGCCAUUGUUAAAGCAGUGGUGCGUAGGCGUCGGCCCGCACAUAACCGUAUGGACAUGUUCGCCACCUUUUCUGUGGAUCGCUACUCCUUUCCUUCCGGCCAUGCCACCCGUGCCGCCAUGUGCGGGCGGUUCCUGCUGGCUCACCUCGUGCUUGCGGCCCCGCUGAGGGUCCUCGUCCUGCUCUGGGCCGGCCUGGUCGGGCUGAGCCGAGUGCUGCUGGGCAGGCACAACGUGACUGAUGUGAUGUUUGGGUUCUGGAUGGGGUAUUGGCAGUACAACCUGGUGGAGAUGCUGUGGCUCUCACCUCAAACCCUGCAAGGGCUGCUGGGACAGUUAGCUUAACAUGAAGGACUGAAGAAGGAGGAAAUAUGAGCGCUUGCACAGCUUUUCUCUUUUACACUGAUAUAUAAGAGACGGUCGAUGGUUCUUUGACUAGAGAAGAGAUCUCUAUCACACACAUCCUUGUCUGUCCACAGGUAUGCGCACUGUUGGUAGGCCCCUCCUGUUAUCUCCAUAUUUAAAUUGAGGUCAGUUUCCAAUGAUUUCCCCAUUCUGCAGUUCAUGCUUCUGUUCACCUCCAGCCACCACACCCAAACCCUCAUGAACAUUCAUUUCACCCAUUUAUGUCAGUUAUUAUUUUCUUGACAUUAUCACUGUCACAUUAAUAAUCAACCAAAAUAUAUCACGUAUGACUAAUUACUUAUCAUUUUUGAUGGAUUACACAUUAUUAAUAUCAGGUCAUGCACAUAAAUCCCUUACAGAGUGCUACCAUGGACGACACAGCUGCCAUAUCAUACCUGUUAUUUGUACCUGCUUUAGUAUUUCAACACUAAAACACCACUUGUUAAACCCUUUAUUUAUUAAAAAAUGAAGGAUGGUCUAAGGAUAGAAAUAUAUUAAUUUUCCAAAACAAUUCAGAAGAAGUGUGUGGAAGUCCUCUUCUCUAGGCAGUGACCAUUUCAAAUAAUGUUUUGCGUAUGAAGUCUUAGUAAAGCACUGACACACUGUACAACACAUUUGUCUAUUUAAGGAAAGAAAGGCUGUAUAUUGGAUGGACUUGAGGUAGCGUCUUUACAUCUUCAUUGUAAAGUAAUGAGCCAUCCAUUCACCAAACAUAACCUGCUGAACCGAAGAGAAAUGACCACAGUUUGGCUCGACUGGUGGUGAAGGAGCCACAGAUUUGCUGCUUUACUGAGGAAAAAAUAGGGCAAGUGUUUUCAGUCACGUUCACCUGCUGUUUGAAGUUAAAGGACUUUAUUUGAAGGGCAUUGAGUGAAAGACCAUAAGCUGUGGUUUUAUGAAAAGGAUAGUGGCCUGUAGUCUGCCAACAAAAUGACCGUUAUGAGUUAAUUAGCUUAUGACUGAUUCACCACAUUGUCGUAGAAUUGUUCUCUUUCUCAGGACAAAACCGAGUCCAUCACUGCAUUAUACAUAUGAACAUUUGGAAACAAGCUGUGAGCCUGUUAAUUCAGUUUUCAAUCAAGGUCUUGCUCUGAUUUCAUGAAACUCACAUGACUUGCCUCUCAUCUGAACACCUCUUACCUCUGAGUGUGAGGUAUGCAACACGUUGCAGCUGAGGUCUACCUACAGCUCAGAAAAAGGGAAGCAUGUCUAAAUACCUGAAGUGUAUUCAAUUACACUGCAAGUUCAAACUUGAUCACUGGCUCUGACUGAGGAUAACACAUUACAUUCAUCACCUCUCCACUAAAUCUCAGUCUGAGAAAAUGCUAAAAUAAUGUUAUGGUUCUAUCUUUAUAUUAAACAAACUGGCUUCUCAGUGGUAAUGAUCAUUGAAUGCAAUCAGUGGAGAGACAGUAAUUAAGAGCAUUUGUUAGACGGUUUAAGUGGCAUGUUAAAGUAAUCCACUAUGGAUCCACUAAUGUGACCUUUUCUAUCACCUGAAAUUUUGUUCAUAAAGCGACUGUGCUAAACGUGCACUGUGAAACCUUCCUCAAAGACACUGACAUUGCAAUGAUUCUCAUCUCCCAGAAUAGGAUGGACUACGUUUAUUCAUUAAUUGACAUUUGGGGAAAAAAAAAAAAAAAGAAUCUGAGAAUGUGUAACUAUUGACGUCAUCUCCCAUCAGUGAUGUGGCAGUAUCAUGUUUGCAUCGAGCGUGGAUGAGGGUGGAUGUCACAACUCUUUUAAUUUGUUAUGUCAUGACCUGGUGUGCCGCCAAAGUUCAUGGAGCAGUGAUCAGGAUCAGAACGUAGUGAAAAGUUUUGUAACCCACUACACGACAAGAAUGGCCACAGAAAAAAAAAAAAUCUGAGCCCUAUUUUAUUCAACAUGAUCAAGACAGCUUUAUGGAAAUCAUCUACGUAAAGUAAUAUCACAUGGUCAGUGUCUAUGUGGAGUAAUGGUUGGAUAGAUUUCAAUCCUUUGUCAUGUGCUUCCAUAAUGUUCUCAAUUAACUAUUAAUUCUCAGUUGAAGAUUCAAAAAGGCAAUAAUCUGUAAAGGGAUCAAUGUUCCAGUGUUGAACUGUUGCAAGGGAUACUUUGACCCACUGAGCAGGUCUGAAAUCUUAAUGUUUAGCCACAUAUGUAGGCCAGGGUGGGGGGGGGUGGGGGUAUCCUUUCCAGCGUUGAUGUCACUUGGUCUGUUCAUGGGGGUGUGUUAAGGUGCACAUACGAAGCAGCAUGUUUAAUGAUUACACUACAUCUGCACACUGACUUGGAAUUGAAUGCCAUGCAUUGCCAUUGCGCAUUUGACACACACACACACACACUUCUUAGCACUGCCAGAAACCAGGACUUGUCCAUCUGCAGGUGCAUCCUGAUUUCCAAGUGUGCUGAUCUGUGUUAAUUUGUCUAAUAAUGGGGGUUUUGGUCAGAUAUGCCAAUAUUCGGUUUUUUGUAAAUGUAUUUCAGCUAUUUACAAUUUCUUUGACAGAAAGAAUGUCUAAGUGUGUGUGUGUGUGCGUGCGUGUGUGUGUGUGCGUGUGUGUGUGUGUGUGUGUGUGUGUGUGUGUGGUUUUUACCAAUCUUGUACUUCACUUUCUGAAAGAUUUUUGACUGUGAGCCACUUCACGUGUCCUCUGCCAGUUGGUCCAAACCAGAUCCAGAUAUCUGGUAUGAACCAGCGUAAUAUAACAGGCUGUUCCCUGACACACACUUGUGCCCCAUCGUAGACUGUUUCAUUGACCUCUUACAUGCUGUGCCCUCUUUCUGCAAUAACUGACCAAUGAUCUUCCCAGUGCGAGCGAUGAGACGACCAACGAGUGAGGUGGCAGCUUUCCACCCUUUUUGUUUUAUUUCACUACACUUCUGUGGCAAAUCUCAAAAAUAUGCUGGACGGUGAACAUUGUGACCAAAUGAUUUUUUACAAUUGAUUUAUGUUGUUUUACAUGUUGAUAUUGAGAAGAAUCUUAAAUAUGAGACAAAAUGUUUAUCGCAAUGAAUAUAUUUUAUGUGUUGGGAAUAGAUUUUGCACAUUCUUCCUGUCGCCUGUUGAUACCACCAAUAAGAAAAAUGCAUUGAUUUAUUUAUUCAGCUCUUAAAGAUCUUCAGCAACAUCUGCUCUUGCACAUUGUCAAACAUGAAGUCGGCCCCAUUGUAGUGCACUCAGUUUUGCCUGCUAUAUAAUAUAAAAUGUUAAUGUAUAUACAUAUGCCUUUAUGGACAUGUGAUUACACUGUGUUAUGUUCAGUGGAUUUGAAUGUGCUGUUCAAUAUUCUUUGAAGGGUUCUUGCUGAAUGAUUUGAUUGUAGUUGUGAUUUUUAAUUAAAUGGGGAACAAAUGCAAA